CGCACAUGGGAAGCAGUCCAGAGGUGCUCACUGACACAGGGAGUCAGGGGCCUGGGGAGGGGCAGGACACCCAAAGUGCAGGUCCGGGUCACCUGAGGACAGAAGAGUGACAGUGAGGUCCUCCUGAGAGAAUGAGGAGCUGCACUCAGACGUACAUACCCGUAUCUUCCAGUUAAAUCCCAGCAUCCGGGGGGCUGCGUUAUUGGUGGGGAGAUUCACAAACGAUACAAAAUGUUCGCAGGACGACACUUACCCCAACGUAGCCGUGACCCUCUAUGGCACCGCCACCCGCCACUUAUGAUCGUGAUCCUGGCUGCAUUCUUUGCUCAAACAUGUUUCACGUUGGAGGUGACUGUUGGAAAGAAUCCGCAGGUUUUGGCACGCAAUGGAACAGAUGUCCUUCUGCCCUGCAUCUUCUCCUCCUGCUUUGGAUUUGAAGAUGUAACGUUCUCCUGGACGUACAAGACGUUCAACGACUCUUUCAAACCAGAGGAUCUAUAUAAAGGGACUCUGAAGAACAGGAAGUCAAUCCCCAAAGCUGUAGAUAUUCCUUUAACGAAUGAGCGGAUGGAACGAGUGGAACUGAUGGCCAGCGACGAUGCCAAAGAUUAUAAGCUGUCCUUACUGCUGAAGGAAGUGGAUUUUCAUGAUGCUGGGCGAUAUACCUGUAUAGUGACCAACAAGAAGGAGAAAAACAUGAGCCAGAAUGCCACGUUAACACUUACUGUGGUGGAGAAAUUUGAAGUUGUGGAUAACACACUCACUGUGAUUAUCGGGAGUGUUGUUGGGGGUGUCAUUGGACUUCUUAUCCUGAUUCUUAUCAUAAAGAAGAUUAUUACCACCAUCAUCAAGAGGAAUGAAGACAAGAAGAAGGACUGUCUUGUGAGCUCUUCUGUUAACGAGAAUACAGAUAAUGCAUCCAAGCCAGAGAUGAAAGCUAAACCCAAAGCAUGAUCUCUGAAGAUGAAUCCAGAACAGGCCUGGGACUAUAUUGAUGGACAAUAAAAACCUAGUCCUUCUGUGAUGAAAGGUAUCUAGAAAGAUAGCAAAACAUCUUAUACAGUAAUAUAAAGCACCUUCUACACUUAGUACUCUACAUCAUAACUAAGACGCAAUAAACUUCCACAAAGGCAUCUGUGCGGUUAAUGCUCCUGUACAAUUCUUUAUAAUGACCGAUCUGUGUGUUUUAC